AUGGGCCCUGAGCGCAAGCUUCGAGACAGCAGAAGAAAAAAAUCUCGCUUCGGUGCGAACGCGUCGCCACCUCGUCUGCUGCAAAAGUGCCUUUUGCCCGUUCCACGUGGUCGCGUUUGGGGAAGCCGGUCCGAGAAGGCGGAGAAAAGUGCGGUAAACGAAGUGUUCGGGACUGGUGCGCGCGCGUGGCCGUCGAAAAGUCGCGAGUGCAAAAACGGUCAAAGCUAUUGGCUGGCGGAACAACGGCCUGCACGUGAAAUCGUACCGGCUGAUCGAGGGUUCGACGUCCCCGGAUCCGGCAUUCUCGACCGGCACGCCCCCGCGACCAUCGGCGGCACCGAACCGCUCAGAGGACGGUCCAGCGGCCAAGCAACAGCGAGCACCACGCCUCUUUGGCACGCAAUCCCCCAACGGCGGUGUGAGACAAUCGCACGCACACACACACACACACGGCGCAACAAACCCAAGAUCGACUCCGUGCAUACCGGCCUCGCACCACUCAUCCCGCAAUCCGACUGGCGGUCCGACAAGAACUGGAGGACAACUUGGAAGAAGCACACGAAAAGGGGGACGCAAAGAGCCCCUUUUUUUGUGUACCGCUGGAAAAUCUGCUCGAAAGCUGAACGGUCGGUCGGCGCUGUUAAGAGCGGGCGAGUGUGCAGCGAGUUGGCCUUCACCAGGGCGAACGGAGGGCGCGCUGAUCAAGUGCGGGAGGAAUCAUCUGUCGCCGGCACGGCGAACGUGGACCGGCGCGGGGCGAUCGGUGUAAGGCACCGGUCGUGAAGGGCGCGGGAGAGAGAGGGGCAGCCUGCCAAGCUGUCGCGGGCGUCCGCAGGAGUCCGGACGGACGGAGCGGCCACGCACGUGUAUCUGUGACGGGGUGAACACGGCGUCAACGUUGCCGAUCCGGGAGCUGCCUGAGGCGGAGCAGAAGGCGGGCGUUUGCUGCAUGCGUGAGUUUAGAAUAAGAAGGGUGCGCACCCAAGAAGAAGAGCCCAAAGGGCAGAAGUAAGCGCGAGACGCGCCAGUAGCGCGAGAAAUGAGCGCAUGUUGGGCUAGUUCAUAAGAAAUGAAACACACACACACUUUUUGUAAGGCUUUUUUGUGGAAAAAUAUGACGUUUGUGUCGAAUUUGUUGGGUUUUAGUUUAUUUAGUUUUGGUGC